AUGACGCUCCUCUCCGGCCCGGAUGUCUUCUUCGACAUCGAGAUCAAAGGCCGCUACGUCGGCCGCAUCGUCUGCCGCCUCUACGACGCCGACUGCCCGCUCACCGCACGCAACUUCCGCGAGCUCGCCACCGGCCAGAACGGCUUUGGCUACGCUCGCUCCCUCAUCCACCGCAUCAACCCCAACUUCAUGAUCCAAGGCGGUGACAUCGUCUCGGGAAACGGUCCCACUGGCCGGUCCAUCUACGGACCCACCUUUCCAGACGAGAACUUCAUCUACUCGCACGACGGUCCCGGCGUGCUCUCGAUGGCGAACCGCGGGCCCAACACGAACUCGUCCCAGUUCUUCAUCACGACCACCGCGGCGUCGUGGUGCGACGAGCGGAACGUCGUCUUCGGCAAGGUCGUGCACGGCAUGGACGUCGUCCUCCACAUCCAGAAGUACGCCUCCGACCACAUCCUCUACCGGCCCUCGGAGAACGUCCUGAUCUCGGCGUGUGGGACGCUCUGA